AUGUCCACCUCUUUUAGGUUACGAAAGUUAUCAAAGUGUAGUUGUAUUUCUUCUUCCUUCACAUUGUUGAAUAGGAGGAAAGUAAUACCUUUCAUAUUACAAACUCAAAAUAGUUCCACUUCACAAAUAAACGAUGAAGAAACAUCAACCGUUACUACUGCGGAUAUAAAGAAUAAAACUAAAAAGAAAAGUAAAUUGGAAGGAUAUUGGUUGGAUGGAUUCCAAACUCCGAGCCCAAUAUCAAAAAGAAAAUUUCCACCUUUUGUACAAAAUAUGCUUGUACGUUUAGCUAAAGCACUUGGUUAUUAUGAUUUACCAGUACAAGCUAUAAGAAUUACGAGAGAAUUAUAUCAGAUGUGUUCAAAGCAUUAUGAUGAAAAUAAAGAAUUUUAUAUUAAUGCUUGUGGAUUACCUGAUAGUUUUCAAACUUGGUUUGCUGUGACUUUAUUACAUAUUUGGAUGUUAAUGGUUAGAUUUAGAGUUGAAAAUGAAGGAAAAAUAUUUAUGCAACAGUUAGUAAAUCAUCUGUUUGAAGAUGCUGAAUGGAGAAUGAGAGAAGAUUAUGGAGAUCUGCUUUCUCAAUUUCAUGGUGGUGUUAUGGCAUAUGAUGAAGGAAUGUGUAAAGAUGAUCCUGUAUUGGCUUCUGCUUUAUGGAGGAAUAUCUUGAUUACAGAGGGAUCAGCACAUAAUAUGGCUUGUUUGGUUAAACAUGUUAGGCAUGAAUUACGAAGAUUAGAUAAUUUAUCUUACGAAUCUAUUAUUGAAGGAAAAAUUCGUUUUAGAAAACCCGAAACUUCAUUGUAA